AUGACAGAAGAAUAUGGUAUUACAACACUGACACGGAGAUGUUUACGGGCAUCGCGAAAAAUCCUAUGUCCAAUACAUCGACCCGCCACCUCGGACACCAUCGCUCGUCGCCCUGAAGUAACGCAUGAACCCGAACCUCAGCUCAAUACUCCAUGGAAUCUCGAACGAAUAUCCCCAGGCCAUGCCACAAACGACGGUUCACUCCGAUGCCACGAUGAUGAAACCGAGAUAUCUGGCGCAUAUGUAUACCUGAUAGAUUCUGGCAUAAAUUUCUCACACACUGAAUUCUCUGGCCGGGCUUUGAACGGAGCGAACUUCGUCCCAGGGUCACCAGAUUACGAUGAAGUUGGGCAUGGCACUAUUAUGGCAGGAAUUAUUGGAGGGACUACGUAUGGUCUGGCUAAGAAUUGCACCAUAAUUUCGGCCAAGGUGGUGCAUAAAAUGGGUAAAGGCAAAGCAGAGCGGCUCCCCCAGGCUGUUGAAUGGGCUAUCAACGACGCCAUUGCGAAGGGCGUCGCGGAAAGGAGCGUCAUGAACAUAUCUAUCGCCUGGAAGUACAACGCCAUGAUUAAUAGUGCCGUGAAGAAAGCUACGAAGGCUGGUAUCACGGUCAUUGUUUCGGCGGGUAAUCAGGGUAAGCCUGCUUCUACCUAUUCCCCUGCCUCAGCUAGUACUGCCAUCACAGUCGCAGCGAGUGGCCUCGAUAACCGCCGUGCUCCGUUCUCCAACUACGGCCUCCAGGUUAAUAUAUUCGCUCCGAGUAUUCGUGUCCCUACUGUCUCGAGCUCAGUUGGUAAUGGAUCUCGUUAUAGUUCUGGCACGAGUGCGGCAGCGGCGUAUGUGUCGGGUCUAGCUGCGCACUUUAUUUCCAGCGAGAACUUGAGGGGUUGCAAGGCUGUGAGGAGGAGAAUUAUGCGCGCGAGUUUGAACGGUGUGAUAAAGGAUACGCGUUGGAGCAGGAACCGCCUUGCGUCUGACGGCUUGGCAAGAAAUUGA